AUGGGAGCUCUCCAAGGCAUAGUCCUCUUCUAUUUGUGUGCAGCUUUAGCCCUGAGUAUCUUCCCGGAAUCCUCUGCCAAAUGGCCGGGUCUUGAUCCUACCAAGUGGCAUAUUCACGUCAUCAACGGUUUCAGCGGAGGAAGACAACUGGUCGUCCACUGUUGGUCCGACAUCGACGAUCUUGGCUUCCAUACUCUUAAUCCCGGCGGCGAAACAAACUGGAGUUUCCAUGUUAACUUGCCCGGGACAACAAAGUUCACUUGUGACUGGCGUGCAGGCAAGCAACAUGCUACGUAUCCUGUGUUUUGGAGAGAGGCUAGACAUAUGUGGCUUCGCUCCCAUUGCGACUGGAAAGCCUGCUUUUGGACUGCCAAAGACGAUGGGAUUUACCUCAAGAACGUUCCGGCGGGUGUCGACGAGCUUAUUCAUCCAUGGGAAACAUGA